ACAAUAUAAAUGUUAAAGAACUUCUAUGAAUCCGUGUUAAUGUUUAACGUAUAACGUUUAUCAUUACCGUAAAUAAAAAAUCUCAUGAAGAAAAGUUAAUUAGAUCCAAUAUACCUUUUAAUGAAAGUCUAAACAAGCUUGCCUUAUCAAUGUAAAAUGAUCUACUAAAUUAUUUGCAUAGUAGCGAUUUUUAAUUAUCAUUAAAUUUAAACAUUUUGAAAUAAACAUCGUUAUGAAGAAUUGAGAAAAUAAAUUAAGAGCAGACUGGUUCUGCAUCAUUUGUUGUUGUUAUUGUUAUUCUUGGUUCUAAGACAAAAUGAAAUUUGCUGAGCAUCUAAGCGCUCACAUUACCCCGGAAUGGAGAAAGCAAUAUAUCAAUUAUGAGGAAAUGAAAGCUCUAUUAUAUGCAGCUGUGGAGCAAGCACCGUCUGUAGACGCGACUGAGCCUCACGUUUUAGAGAGAUACUUUAGUAAAUUCGAUGAGAAAUUCUUUCAUUAUUGUGAUAAGGAACUAGCAAAAAUAAACACCUUUUAUUCUGAGAAACUGGCUGAGGCCACAAGAAGAUUUGCUUCCUUGAACAAUGAGUUGAGUGAUGCUCAUACAGUUUCUGAAGAUAGUUCCUUUGGUGGAAGAAAAGUCAGAUACCAUGGACGUAUCUUAAAUAAGAAACCAGUUUCAGCUCGCAAGCUCCAGGAACUUAAACUUGCUUUCUCCGAAUUCUAUCUGUCUCUUAUUCUACUGCAAAAUUAUCAGAAUCUCAAUUUUACUGGAUUUCGCAAGAUUCUCAAGAAGCAUGAUAAACUUUUAAAUGUGGAUAUAGGAGUGAAAUGGAGAGCUGAACAUGUGGAGACAGCUUUGUUUCAUACUCACAAAGAUAUCGAUAGACUGAUAGUUGAGACGGAAGCUGUUGUCACCAGAGAUCUGGAGCAUGGAGAUCGUCAACGUGCUAUGAAGAGAUUGCGUGUUCCACCUUUAGGGGAACAACUCUCUCCAUGGAUCACAUUUAAAGUGGGAUUAUUCUCAGGAGCCUUUGUGGUGCUUCUGAUAGCUGUCGUGCUUUCUGGUGCUUACUAUAGAAAUAGAAAUGAUUGGCGUGUAUUAUGUCGCCUGUAUCGCGGCCCAUUACUGAUGAUCCAAUUCUUAUUUCUCAUGGGAAUAAAUGUUUACGGAUGGAGAUCAUCAGGGGUCAAUCAUGUACUUAUAUUCGAAUUAGAUCCAAGGAAUCAUCUUUCUGAACAGCAUAUUAUAGAGAUGGCCAGCAUAUUUGGACUGGUUUGGUCACUCUCUGUUUUGGGAUUUCUAUACAGUGAAACAUUAGGAAUACCACCGUUUGUUCAUCCGAUAUUCCUCUAUUUCUUGUUGGCCUUGUUUUUAUUCAAUCCAACAAAAACCCUCAAGCAUGAGGCUAGGUUCUGGGCGCUCGGUGUUCUAGGUCGCAUUUUUUGCGCGCCAUUCUUUUACGUUGGUUUCGCAGAUUUUUGGUUGGCUGAUCAAUUGAAUUCCCUUCACACGGUUUUUCUGGAUUUUCAAUAUUUUAUCUGCUUCUACAUAAAGAACUCAUCCUGGAAGGAAGUGACCGACGCAGAGACAUGUAUAAUUCAUGAACACUCAAUGCGACCAUUCGUUGCAUGUCUACCAGCCUGGUUUCGCUUUGCUCAAUGUUUGAGGCGCUACAGAGACACUAAGGAAGCUUUUCCACAUUUGGUCAAUGCUGGAAAAUAUGCUACAAGCUUCUUCGUAGUUGUAUUUUCUUAUUUACACCUUACUUACACCAAGAAUUACGUGAUGGAUACUGAAAAUCCCUACUUUUAUCUCUGGCUUACUGCAAGUAUUGUAAGUUCAUGUUUUGCUUAUACGUGGGACGUGAAAUUGGAUUGGGGUUUGUUUGAUACUAAGGCUGGUGAAAAUAGAUUUCUGCGUGAAGAGAUCGUUUACUCGUCACCGCAUUAUUAUUAUUUUGCAAUUGUGGAAGAUUUUAUUUUGAGAUUCGGAUGGGCGUUUUCACUGUCUUUAACUGAAAUGGGAUAUGUACAUGCGGAUCUUAUGGUUUCUAUAAUAGCACCGUUGGAGGUUUUUAGUAGAAGGUACAUGUGGAAUUAUUUGCGCCUGGAAAACGAACAUUUGAACAAUGUUGGGAAAUUCCGUGCCGUGCGGGACAUCUCCAUAGGACCCAUAAGAAGAGAAGAUCCUAAAGUCGUGAUUGGUCUUAUGGAUUAUCAAGAGGAUGAAGACAAAGACGAGGACGACGACGACGACGACGACGAUGACGACGUCAAGGAUCACGGUGUUUGGAAGAACCAGUAUCAUGUAUUCUGAUGUCAUAGUGAAUAUCAACCAUGUAACAUAAGACCUGCUUGCGAGCUUUGGAUUUCCAACCAUACAGGAAUUUUCGCAGCAUGUCGCAACUUGCAGUUGAGAUUCAUCUGGAAUUUCUUUCGGUUGGAAAACGAGCACUUAAACAACUGCGGCAAAUUUCGUGCAGUGCGUGACAUCUCAGUCGCUCCGGUGGAUUGUUCGGAUCAGACGCAGAUCCUGAGGAUGAUGGAUGCACCGGAUGGCGUGGUGAAUCGCAGAAGAAAACAGAAAGAGAAGACCAAGAGUAAACCUAGUAGACUCCUUUUGGAAGGCGAGUCUAUCACCGACGACUUCGACAACUAAAAUCGACCUAAACAGAGUUAUCCAUUGUUUAUUUUCCAUACACUUAGUAUGGCACGAUAAUUAUCAUAGGAACUAUGAAUAUAUAAUUCUAAGUGUGUUACAGAUACAAUCACUAGAGGAUAUAAUAAAUGUUAAGAGAAGAAGAAGGACUAAA